AUGCUAUCUAGGUAUCCAUCCUUCGCCUGGCAGAGAUGUGGGCCGUCGAAUUCGACAAACACGCCCGCCAGAGCCGCCCUUCGCUUGCGGCAGGCACAGAUAAGCGUCGUGAUCCGCGACAGAGCCGCCGAGAACGAGGAGCAAGCCGAUUCAGCACACGCCUCGUUCGCCUCAUGCAUCCCACCAUCUGGGUGCGCUAUCACACUAUCUGGCAAAUACUUUAUCCAGCGAGCCUCAUGGAGGCUCGGUCCUCGCGAUAAACGUCCCGUCACUUGUCAGCUCGCUAUUCCUGACGCAAAUGACAUCUUUUCGCUCUCAGUCCUGCUUUCGUUUUGCCCUCUGCCUUUGCACCCUGCCCCAACCUCCGAAUCCUCCUUUCAUCGCCCCGAUCAUGAACCAAGAGAAAAACGUGCUACACCCGUAAAAGCUUUAUCAAAAACAUAA